AGGCUAUCGCGGCUGUCGCCCGGCCGGCCCUGCGCGCCCCGGGAGCGCCGCGCGGCCCUACCCGUGGGCUCGGGGUGUCCGCGGGGCGGCGCCGGAACAUGACGGCGCCCUGGGCGGCCCUCGCCCUCCUCUGGGGAUCGCUGUGCGCCGGCUCUGGGCGUGGGGAAGCCGAGACACGGGAGUGCAUCUACUACAAUGCCAACUGGGAGCUGGAGCGUACCAACCAGAGCGGCCUGGAGCGCUGCGAGGGUGAGCAGGACAAGCGGCUACACUGCUAUGCCUCCUGGCGCAACAGCUCCGGCACCAUCGAGCUCGUCAAGAAGGGCUGCUGGCUGGACGACUUCAACUGCUACGACAGGCAGGAGUGCGUGGCCACGGAGGAGAACCCCCAGGUGUACUUCUGCUGUUGUGAAGGCAACUUCUGCAAUGAGCGGUUCACCCACCUGCCAGAGGCCGGCGGCCCAGAAGUCACCUACGAGCCACCCCCGACAGCCCCCACCCUACUCACGGUGCUGGCCUACUUGCUGCUGCCCAUCGGGGGCCUCUCCCUCAUCGUCCUGCUGGCUUUCUGGAUAUACCGGCACCGCAAGCCCCCCUACGGCCAUGUGGACAUCCACGAGGACCCGGGGCCUCCACCACCGUCCCCUCUGGUGGGCCUGAAGCCACUGCAGCUGCUGGAGAUCAAGGCCCGGGGCCGCUUUGGCUGCGUCUGGAAGGCCCAGCUCAUGAACGACUUUGUGGCUGUCAAGAUCUUCCCGCUGCAGGACAAGCAGUCGUGGCAGAGUGAGUGGGAGAUCUUCAGCACGCCCGGCAUGAAGCACGAGAACCUGCUGCAGUUCAUCGCUGCCGAGAAGCGAGGCUCCAACCUGGAAGUGGAGCUGUGGCUCAUCACGGCUUUCCACGACAAGGGCUCCCUCACGGAUUACCUCAAGGGGAACAUCAUCACCUGGAACGAGCUGUGUCACGUGGCGGAGACCAUGUCCCGAGGCCUCUCCUACCUGCACGAGGAUGUGCCCUGGUGCCGCGGCGAGGGCCACAAGCCGUCGAUUGCCCACAGGGACUUCAAGAGCAAGAACGUCCUGCUGAAGAGCGACCUCACCGCUGUGCUGGCUGACUUUGGCCUGGCCGUUCGGUUCGAGCCAGGGAAGCCUCCAGGAGACACACAUGGACAGGUGGGCACAAGACGGUACAUGGCCCCCGAGGUGCUGGAAGGAGCCAUCAACUUCCAGAGGGACGCCUUCCUGCGCAUUGACAUGUACGCCAUGGGGCUGGUGCUGUGGGAGCUGGUGUCACGCUGCAAGGCCGCAGAUGGACCUGUAGGUGAGUACAUGCUGCCCUUCGAGGAGGAGAUUGGCCAGCACCCCUCCCUGGAGGAGCUGCAGGAGGUGGUGGUGCACAAGAAGAUGAGGCCCACCAUCAAGGACCACUGGCUGAAGCACCCGGGCCUGGCCCAGCUCUGCGUGACCAUCGAGGAGUGCUGGGACCACGACGCCGAGGCUCGCCUGUCGGCUGGCUGCGUGGAGGAGCGGGUGUCCCUGAUCCGGAGGUCCGUCAACGGCACCGCCUCGGACUGUCUCGUCUCCCUGGUGACCUCCGUCACCAACGUGGACCUGCCUCCUAAAGAGUCCAGCAUCUAACCCCGGGCCACGCGCGCCUCUGUCCAGACUCGGCGGAUCUGAAGAA